UCUGCCACCUGCACUCCUGGGACGUGGGGUUCCUGACAAUAUGGAUCAAGAAGGUGGGCAGGCAAGAACCUGGGCCCACAUGUCCUUCUGCCUUCUGAAAACCUUUUUUUUUCUUUUUGAAGGUGAGAAAUGUCGCAGCUUCAUUGACCUGGCCCCCGCGUCAGAGAAAGGGGUCCUGUGGCUGUCGGUAGUCUCCGAGGUGCUCUAUAUCCUCCUGCUGGUGGUCGGCUUCAGCCUCAUGUGUCUGGAGCUUUUCCACUCCAGCAAUGUCAUCGACGGGCUCAAGCUCAACGCCUUCGCAGCCGUCUUCACGGUGCUCUCAGGCCUCCUGGGAAUGGUCGCCCACAUGAUGUACACGCAGGUGUUCCAGGUCACCGUGAGCCUUGGCCCUGAAGACUGGAGACCUCAUUCCUGGGACUACGGGUGGUCCUUCUGCCUGGCGUGGGGCUCCUUUACCUGCUGCAUGGCAGCCUCUGUGACCACGCUCAACUCCUACACCAAGACGGUCAUUGAGUUCCGGCACAAGCGCAAGGUCUUUGAGCAGGGCUACCGGGAGGAGCCGACCUUCAUAGACCCUGAGGCCAUCAAGUACUUCCGGGAGAGGAUCGAGAAGGGGGAUGGGAGUGAGGAGGAGGACUUCCGCUUGGACUGCCGCCAUGAGAGAUACCCGACCCGACACCAGCCACACAUGGCGGAUUCCUGGCCCCGGAGCUCCGCGCAAGAACCCCCCCAGUGCUGGGUCCUGGGGCACUGGGUGUGACCGACACCCCAACCUGGCCCUGUACCUCAGGCCAUCACUGGCAUCACCCCCUGCCACAAGACACUCAUUUGGUGCCACCGGAAACCUGGCCCGUGUGCUGUGAAUUCACCCAGCCUGUGUGGGAGACACCGGGCCUGUUCUGUCCACCACUGCCUGGGUCUCAGGGCCCCAGAGAUGGGCCGGGGCAUCCCGAGGGAAUGGACGGGACUGCACAGAGUGACUUUGGGGCAUCAGCUCCUAACUCUUGCCACCAUCAUAUGCAGAGCUGCAGAAACAUGGACGCUGGCCACCGAAUGCCAGGGCACCCAGGAGCCAACCAGGAAACUAAGGGGGAGCCCAGGAGCAGCACCCUACAAGGGCAGGGAGCGGGGCUUCCUGAGGGGAGGGGCACGCAGCAGGCACACAGCAGGGGCUCAAUAAAUGCUUGUUGAACCUGUCGUCUUGCAGUGUCUGCAGGCCGGCUGCACUCUGGGUUGUGGCCGAUCACUCCUGUCCCCUCCUAGUGCUCCAGGGCGAGAGCCUGAGUAUGUGGAGGCCAGACCCUGCAGGAUGGAGUGAGCCGGAGCCAGGCUGGGCCUGGGAGCGAGGCAGGCUGGACUGGGCUGGCAGGGCUCCCUUGGGUAGGAAGGUGGCAACUUGGGGGCCAGGCAGGCAAUGUAAGGGGCAGGAUAUGGGCCCUCAAGCCCAGGCCCACCACAGGGUGAACAAGCCACGUUUCUUCUCCUGAUGGCUUAGUGAUGUUGCUCCCUGCAGCCUCCACGGGGACCCUUUACCUGUAUCUAAGGGCCUCAGUUACAGAAAAUCCUGGGGGUCAGGGUGCCUGGGGGUCAGAUUCCUAUUACCCAGAGUCACAGAGGCUGGAUGAACUUGCCUUAGAUUACAGAGCUAGCCAACGGCAGAGUGGGGGUCUGAACCAGCGCUUCCAACUCCAAGUUCAGGCAUCUCCCAAGGCCUCGGUUCUUCCCAGGAUUUCUAGAGCUUCCCCCCAAAUUAGAACACAUCCUUCUUUGCUCCUUUGUCACUCAUCUAUUCAUCAUCCAUCCAUCCUUCCACCAUCCACUCAUCCAUCCAUCCAUCCAUUCUUC